UUAAUGUGUGAGGCCACACUAUUCCCCAGACUUGUUAUCAACAUUUGGAAUUGGCCACUUUUGCCUUGUUUUAUUUAAAUUUCUGGGCUCUCCUUUCGAACCCAGGUGACUCCAAAGGACCAUGCCCGAUGACACACAGGAUGCCAAGGCGCAGAAGUUGGCCGCGGCGAGGAAAAAGCUGAAGGAGUACCAGCAGCGCGCCAGCAACAACAAUGGCCACCCGGGAGCGGAGGAGCAUGUGGCACCCACCCCACAAUCGCACUCGUCCGCUGUCAGCAUAGCUAGUAAUCUUUCCGAGCGCUCAGACAGCGAGAUAAAUGUGAACGGAGCAGGAGCCGGCGGUCUUCAGCAACUGGAGUCUUCCGUCCCCCUCACGGCUGCUUCCUACUUUUCCCAAAACGAGCCGGAACAUAACGGUGGACUAGGAGAUCCUUCCAAUCUGCAGGCGAUCCAGGUCAUCAUUGCCGAGAAAGCCCAGCUGAAUGCAGAGCUUACAAAGGUUCGUCUGGCUUGCCGGGAACGCGAACUGGAGCUGGAAGAGCUGCGUACCCUAAGGGAUCAGAAUCAGCUGCGUCUGGAGCAACUGCAACACCACUAUCAGGACCAACAAUCUUCGGGGGAUCAGCAACGCCAGCAGUACGCCCAACUCCAGAUUCAGUUGCAGCAGGCGCAGGCACAAAUUAAGGAUCAACAGUCGCAUCUCAACGAAAUGGAGGCCCAGCAGAAACAGAGCAAUCUCCUCCAGGAGGAACUGCAGCAGCAGCUUUCCCAAAAAUCCAACGAAUUAGAAAUGGCCCAACUGAAACUGCGACAACUUUCCGACGAGUCCAGCGUCAGCAAUGACAACCGAGUAGAAUCGUUGGUGCAGACGCAAUACAUGUACGAGCAACAAAUUCGUGACCUCCAGGCUAUGGUGGGUCAACUAACGCAGGACAAGGAACAAGCAGCCGGCCAAUACCAGAACUAUGUGCAGCAUCAGAGCGGCGAGAUCGCCAAGCUUAACGAACGCAACACGGAACUAUCAGAAGAGCUGAACUCUUUAAGGGAGCGGGAACGACAGCUGGUAGAGCAUGUAGGCGGCUUAGAGCGGGACAUUCAAAAGAACCUUAGUCUUCAGGCCCAGUUCAAAGAGGCUAGUCAGGUGCAACCGCCUAGGGAAGAGUCCAACGACCAGAAUGCUUUAAAAGAUGAACUAGCGGCCUUAAAAGAACGUCUCGCUGAUUUCGACUUCGAACGCCACGAAUUCCAGCUGAAAAUCAAGUCGCAGGAUGACCAACUACAAUUAAAGGACUCCGCUCUGGCCGAAUUAGAACAGCAGCUUGAACGCUUACAGGCCGAGCAACCAGAUCAGACCAAAUUGUUAGCCACCAUGGAGUCAGAUAAAGUGGCUGCCUCGCGUGCUCUUUCACAGAACGUGGAGAUGAAAAACCAGCUGGACGAACUGCAGCUACGAUUUGUCCAGCUAACGAAUGACAAAGCUGAACUGGUCAUCCGCCUGGAUGCCGAAGAGUUUGCCAAUCGCGAAAUCCGUAACAACUACACAAGUAUGGAGCAAAAGAUGCACGCCAAUGAGGAGCGCUUUAAGUUUAAGGAUGAGGAGAUGAUUCGACUCUCACACGAGAACGUAGAACUUCAGCGUCAGCAGUUGAUGAUGCAGCAACAGUUGGACCGCCUUAGGCAUUAUGAAGCGAAGGCUUAUCACAAUCAAAAGGGAAAGGAAAGAGAAGAUGGUGGAGAUGCCCCGGGAGAUGAGGCAGUGGAAGUUAAAGAUAAUGAACAUCUUGGUCAUUCUCAUGAUCACCCACAUGAUCAUUCGCACGAUCACUCACACGAUCAUUCCCACAAUUAUUGUCAGGAUCAUGACCACGAUCAUUCCCAUGAUCAUCCGGAUGAUCAUGCGCAUGAACAUGAUAAUUCGCAUGAACAUCUCCAUGAUAAUUUACAUGGUCAUUCCCAUGAACAACGCAAUGACCACCAUGUCGACAAUCACGACGACCAUAGAGCAUCUAAGGUUCUGCCCACCACUGAAGCAGUGGAACGGCUGCAAUCACGGUUCACCACGCUGAUUAGCCAGGUGGCCGACCUAACAGAGGAGAAGCACAGCCUGGAACAUCUAGUGCUGCAGCUGCAGAGCGAAACGGAGACGAUAGGCGAGUACAUUGCUCUCUACCAAACCCAGAGGCGGAUGCUGAAGCAGCGCGAGUACGAAAAGGCAGCCCAAAUGCGACUUUUACAAGCGGAACGUGAGCAGUUGCGCGAAAAGAUUGAGGCACUAAACAAGCUGGUGGUCAGUUUAGGGGUCGAGCUGCCUUCCGAUUCCGGCCAGUCGCACCAACCUGACGCUACUGCUAAUAACGAACAGGCAUCUUUCGAGGGUGAAAACUCUCAGCAGAUCAUUAACAAGAUACAGGACAUCAUCAGCGAGAUCAAGGAGAACACGGAGCAGCCAACACACAACCAUGCAGGCGACCAUCUUAACUGCUGCCUGGGAAAGUUUGAGGUGGUCUAGAAGAUCAGAUGAGGCCUUCUCUUGCUAAGUGCAAUUAUCGCCAGCUUACGUAAAAUUAUUCACCUUUUGCUACUGUAUUUAAAUGUAAUGGUACUUUGGUCUUCAGAGUCUUUUGUAAAUGUUUCCAACGAUGUGUCCGAAUAAACCUAGUUUGCUUCUAA